CACUUCUGUGAUCUUUUCAUUGCCAUGGCGAACCUUAAAUGCAGAACUAGCUAAGGAGAAAGGAGAGUCCUUUUGCGUAACUCGAUGAAGCUCCAUCAUCGUACUUCUUCGGGACUCUUUUCUCUUCAAUCACUCCUCAAAAGCGGCUUCACUCCAACCUUAAACUCCAUCGACAAGUUUCUUCGAUAUCUCUACCGUCGCCAGAAGUUUAAUUGCAUCGUUCACUUCUACUCUCAGCUAGAUUCGAAUCAAAUCGAAAUCAAUCACCGGGUUUACUCAAUCGUUUCAUGGGCAUUCCUCAAUUUGAAUCGGUACGAAGACGCAGAGAAGUUUAUCAACACCCAGAUUUCAAAAGCUUCGAUUUUUCCCAGGACCCAUAUGUUAGAUUCUCUAAUUCAUGGGUUCAGCGUCACGCGUGAUGAUCCUAAUAAGGGUCUUUCGAUUCUCAGAGAUUGUUUGCGGAGUCACGGUGCGUUUCCUUCUUCCUUGACGUUCUGUUCACUGAUUCAUCGGUUCGUUGUUAAAGGAGAGAUGGAUAACGCUUUAGAGGUUGUAGAGAUGAUGACGAACAAGAAAGUUAACUACCCUUUUGAUAAUUUCGUUUGUAGUGCUGUGGUUUCUGGGUUUGUUAGGAUUGGUAAACCGGAACUUGCUUUGGGGUUUUACGAGAGUGCUGUGGGUUCAGGAGUUUUAGUUCCGAAUCUUGUAACUUAUACUACUGUUGUGAGUGCUCUUUGUCAAUUGGGUAAGGUUGAUGAAGUGAGGGAUUUGGUUAGGAGAUUGGAAGAUGAAGGAUUUGAAUUUGACUGCGUUUUUUACAGUAACUGGAUUCAUGGGUGUCUUGAGGGAGGUGGUUUGAUGAAUGCACUUAUGCAGUACAGGGAGAUGGUGAAGAAGGGAAUAAUAAGUCGAGAUGUUGUGAGCUAUUCUAUACUAAUAGAUGGGUUAUCGAAAGAAGGAAACAUGGAAACAUCAUUUGGGUUAUUAGGGAAGAUGAUAAAGGAAGGUAUAGAGCCAAAUUUGAUCACUUUUACAGCUAUUAUUAGGGGGCUAUGCAAGAAGGGUAAACUGGAAGAAGCAUUUGCAUUGUUCGAUAGGAUUGUAGAUAUGGGAAUCGAAGUGGAUGAGUUUGUGUAUGUGACUUUGAUCGAUGGAAGUUGUAAGAAAGGAAAUUUGAAUCGAGCUUUCUCUAUGUUGGGAGAUAUGGAGCUGAGAGGGAUACAACCAAGCAUUCUUACUUAUAACACUGUGAUUAAUGGACUGUGCAGGGCAGGGAGAGUGUCGGAGGCUGAUGAGAUUUCAAAAGGAGUUGUGGGAGAUGUCGUUACUUAUAGUACUUUAUUAGGUAAUUAUAAAAAGGAAGAGAAUAUGGAUGCUGUAUUAGAAAUUAGGCGUAGGUUUGAAGAAGCUAAGAUCCCUAUGGACUUGGUUAUGUGCAACAUUCUCCUGAAAGCAUUUCUUUUGGUUGGUGCGUAUGGAGAAGCCGAUGCAGUUUAUAGGGCAAUGCCAGACAUGGAUCUGACUCCAGAUACGGUCACAUAUUCUACUAUGAUUGAGGGUUUCUGCAAAACUGGUCAGAUCGAAGAGGCACUUGAGAUGUUUAAUGAGUUGCGGAAAAGCUCGGUUUCCUUAGCUGUGUGUUAUAAUCGGAUCAUUGAUGCACUCUGCAAGAAAGGUAUGCUGGAGACAGCCACGGAAGUUCUUAUUGAGCUGCGGGAGAAGGGUUUGUAUUUAGACAUCCGUACAUCUCGGAACUUGUUACAUUCAAUCCAAGCUAGCGGAGGUGAAAAAGGAAUACUCAAUUUGGUUUACAGACUCGACCAGUUGAAUACAGAUCUUUUUCUUGGGAUGUUCAAUGAUACUAUCUUGCUUUUAAGCAAGAGAGGUUAUUUCGAGGCUGCAAUUGAAGUUUAUAUGAUUAUGAGGAGAAAGGGUUUAACUGUUACAUUUCCUUCUACAAUUCUGAAAAUACUAGUGGACAAUCUCAGAGCAUUGGAUGCUUAUUUACUCGUUGUCAAUGCUGAAGAAAGUACUCUGCCUUCAGUUGAUGUGGUAGAUUACACAAUCAUUGUUGAUGGUCUCUGCAAGGAAGGAUUUUUAGUAAAGGCCUUAGAUUUGUGCAGUUUUGCCAAAAGCAGGGGCGUCAUUCUUAAUAUCAUUACAUAUAAUUCACUCAUAUAUAGACUUUGCCAGCAAGGUUGUCUUGUAGAAGCUCUCCGUCUAUUUGACUCGCUAGAAAAUAUUGGUCUAGACCCGUCUGAGGUCACAUACAGCAUUUUGAUUGACAAAUUAUGCAAAGAAGGAUUGUUUCUUGAUGCUGAGAAACUAUUGGACACUAUGGUAUCUAAGGGACUUGUACCGAACAUUCUCAUUUACAAUUCGAUGAUUGACGGUUACUGCAAGCUCGGGCAUACAGAGGACGCCAUGAGAGUUUUAACUCGGAAAAUGAUGGGACGGGUAUCACCUGAUGCAUUCACAGUCAGUUCUGUCAUCAAAGGUUACUGUAAAAAAGGUGAUAUGGAAGAAGCUCUCAGAGUGUUUGCUGAGUUCAAAGAUGAAAAUAUCUCAGCCGAUUUAUUGGGUUUCCUGUUUCUGAUCAAAGGUUUUUGCACAAAAGGGCGAAUGGAAGAAGCUAGGGGACUCUUGAGAGAAAUGCUUGUUUCAGAAUCUGUUGUUAAGCUGAUUAAUAGAGUUGAUGCAGAACUAGUUGAAUCUGAAUCGAUCAGAGGCUUCCUAGUUGAGCUGUGCGAGCAAGGAAGGGUCCCUCAGGCUAUCAAAAUCCUAGAAGAGAUAAGUUCAAAUAUCUAUCUGUCUGGUAAAAACCUGGAUUUUUCUCAAAGGCCACAGUUCCUAAAUGGUGUGAAUGAAAAAGAGAUAAAGAAGGAAGACUAUGCUCAUGAUUUUCAUAGCCUUCACUCAACCAUUAGUUCUCUCUGCUCCAAUGGGAAGCUGAAGCAAGCUAAUGAGUUCGUUAUGUCUGUGCUCUCUUGUAUGCCUAAAUAAGUCAGUAUUUUUACUUGACUGCUCAAGCUACGAAAAGCCAAGCCAACUUACUCUGAGUGAUUCUAACCGACUAGCUGCAAUUGAAUUUGCAAUUAUGUUGAAUUACCGAUCUGGUUAGACAUUUAAUGGAUUUAUUCAUCAAAAUGGAACAACUGGUGGUUGAUUAACAGCUUCUCUGUAAGAUAAACUGGAACCUCUACAGAGAAUUUAGCUGAAUCAGAGAGGAACAGCGGUAGGAACAGAGAAUCAGCGGAAUCAGAGAGGAACAGCGGUAGGGGAACACAGUUCCAGUCCUUACCAGCUCGAGCAACAGAGAAAUUUUUGGGAAUCCAUGAUUAUCCAGUCCUUUACCAGCCGAGUCAGAUUCACCUUCUUCUCACUAAAGCUGGAACUUAAAGAUGUGGCACCAUGGAGAGUAUGGGGAAAGCCAUUGCAAAGAAGAUGCUAUCUAAUAAUAGAAGAGGCAUAAUGUUCCUGUUCCCGUGACUAAGAAAUCUAUUUUACAGCCAAGACAGGAACCUGUGACACCUCCUCAGUCAUUAGGGAGAUAUAUUGGAAGAUCCUUUGAGUGAGCCAAAGAAAGAUAUGCACAUGAUGAGUGUAGACUCUGAAGAUGCUCCUGAUGAGCCUGUGUACAUUGAGGGAAUCAAUGGACGUUUUCAUGGAGAAGCUAACGGAGAAGACAACUGGGUCGGUUAGAUUAAAGCUGUACAAAAGGAGUGUGACGGUGACGGCGCGGCGGCAGAGUCCGUUUAGUAUGUAUAGACAGGACAUAUCAUCGUUUGAAGGGAGUGAGAUUUACAAGCAAAGUGGAUGCAGUUGGAUUCGUUCGGUUAUAUGGUACCCUUGAUCUUCCUAUGAGCUUUAGAGCCAUGCUUGUCAAAGGGAAUCUAAAUGUGUUCCAUAUUCAUGUCUUGUUGUUGAUGACUUUUGUUUUGCAUUUGCAAAUACAUAUCUGCCCUUUUUAUUUUCAAUUUAGACUGGAGGAAUCGCUCUUACACUAUUUUGUUCUGAAACAGUCUUUGUACAAUAAUCCAUCUUAUUUUUGUUUUCUUGUUA